ACAGUGAAAACAGCGCAUCCUGGAGUCUCAAAAGCUCUGCAGCAUCCCAACAGCCAGCGGUGAAAAAGUUGCGUGUACUCACGUCUCGAUUCACACUCCCAGUUUAAAGUUCUCAUCCCCGGGACGGACCAGCGAUGCCGACGAACGCAGAGAAGUGAACUUCCCCGACUCGUGUCGAUGCUCGUCCAUGCUGUCUGCACGGCACACUCAUUUGGGAAUACUUUUCCAAAGUCCGCGCCGCGCUGCUCCUCGCGCUGAACAGUGGGAUUUCACGUUUUUUCCAGGAGAUUUCUGCGACGUGUCGAUUUUGUUUCUUGGUCACUAAGAGGAAAAAAAGUUUGAAGGAAGAUUGAAGGAAGAAGGGGACGCCGAGAAGACGGAGAGCUGCCCAGACAGAUAGCGGAGCAACUCGAGACCAUGGAGACAUCAACAUCGAGGGCAACUGAGAAAAAGGAUAAAAUGGACGGCAGCAAUUUUGGCAACCUUUCAAAGAAACCCUCACCCUCAGAGUUGAGAGCCCCCCACCAAAUAUUCCCUACCUUCCACACGCCAAUUCCAAUUGACUUACGUCAUCACGAGGGACGAUACUACUAUGAACCACAUUCACUCCAUGCCAUGCACGGACCUGCAGCUUUGGCUGGCAGCCCUGUCAUCUCUGACAUCUCCCUGAUUCGCCUUUCACAAGCCGCAGUGGCAAAUGGUGAUUCCCCCUUCAGCCCGCCUCACCAAUACAUCAACCCGCACAUGGAGCACUACCUGCGCUCUGUGCAUGGCAGCCCCACCUUAUCUAUGAUCUCAGCAACCCGAGGUCUCAGCCCAACCGACUUGUCCCAUGAGCAUUUGAAAGACCAUGGGCUUUUUGGCCUUCCUCCUCCUCAUCCUGGGGCCACUCCAGCAGAGUAUUAUCACCUGCGGACCAGCCACCGGAGCCCUUUUAGUGAGCUGUUCAUGCAGGGGGCUGGAGCCACCACAGGGGCCCACCUGUCUGAGUAUUUUAGCCCCAUUGAUGUGUCGCGGUUGUCCAGCCCCAGGCUCACUAGGAAGAGGGCUCUGUCCAUCUCGUCGCUGUCUGACGCCAGCAUCGACCUCCAGACGAUGAUCCGCACGUCACCCAACUCCCUGGUGGCGUACAUUAAUAACUCACGCUCUAGUCCAGCUGCCAGCAGCUCCUACGGACACCUGUCAGUCGGAGGACUCAGCCCGUCUUUUCCUUUCCCCCAUCCCAUCAACACCAUGGCCUACCAGCAGCUGCUCUCCCAGCAGCGAGGGCUCAGUGGUUUCGGCCAUACUCCUCCCCUGAUCCAGCCUUCAUCAACUUUCUGCAGCCGCCAGCCAGGCCUCCGGGUUUCCCCCCUGCCUACCUGCCACAACAGUGACCUAGCAUCAAAGAACACUGGUAGUGACUCAGCCGUCAGCAGCACAGUUGACCCCUUGAUCACCAAAAGGUUGAAGGUCAAGACCGAAACAGAGGGACUGAGGCCUUCUUCUCCUUGUUCACCAAACCAUCAUCUGUUGGACCUGAAGGAUGAUGCGGACCGAGAUGAAUGUAAACAGGAACCUGAUGCUAUUUAUGAGACCAACUGCCACUGGGAAGGCUGCAGGAAGGAGUACGACACACAGGACCAGCUAGUCCAUCACAUCAAUAAUGACCACAUCCACGGGGAGAAGAAAGAGUUUGUGUGCCGCUGGGAAGACUGCUCGCGGGAAAAAAAGCCUUUCAAAGCUCAGUACAUGCUGGUGGUUCAUAUGCGCCGUCACACAGGGGAGAAACCACACAAAUGCACGUUUGAGGGCUGCUCUAAAGCCUACUCCCGUCUGGAGAACCUUAAAACCCAUCUACGCUCCCACACUGGUGAGAAACCAUACGUCUGCGAGCACGAGGGAUGCAACAAAGCCUUCUCCAACGCCUCUGACCGAGCCAAACACCAGAACCGAACACACUCCAACGAGAAACCAUAUGUAUGCAAGAUUCCCGGGUGUACCAAACGCUACACAGAUCCCAGCUCUCUCAGGAAGCAUGUGAAAACAGUCCACGGCCCAGAGGCCCAUGUUACAAAGAAACAGCGCAGUGACCUGCUGCCCAGACUAUCCGUGCACAGAGACAAUGGUGAAAAGGAGACAGGUUCUAGAGACAGAAUCCAGCGAGUGGAAAAGCUAGCAGACAACAGCCCACAACAAGGCGUGGAGGACUUCCGGCAUGUCAAAUCCAUCAAGACAGAAAACUCUAUGAUGUACCAGUCCAGCCCUGGCUGUCAGUCAUCAUGUAGCAGCAAACCAUCACCACUUGGCAAUACCACCAACAAUGACAGUGGAGUAGAUAAGGCAGCGCACAAUGGGGGAAGCGUGGGGGACCUCAGCACCCUGGACGAUCUGCCCUUUGUGGUGUCCUUUGGCUUUGAAAAACUCACUGGCAGCAUUGAUGUUGUGGGUCCCCACAUCCGAAAGCAAUUUGGCAUGAGUCAGCAUCUGAAACAUCUCAAGAAAGAGACGCUGAAGAAUGUGGGGGACUCGUGUUGGUGGGCCAGCAAACAAACAUCCCCAGGUCUUGGCUCCAAGCUUCCAUCCAUGCGAGCAACUGGGUCCCUGCUACAGAGUCGGAGUAUGAGUGGUCCACUGUCCUUCCCUGGCUCAAGCUUGGGUGACCUGAACUCUGGUAAGAUGGAAGAACUGGGAAACCUUUCAAGGCGCCGUGACAGCACUUCCAGCACCCUGAGCUCAGUUUACACCCUCAGCCGUCGCUCCUCAGGCAUCUCCCCCUGCCACUCUAGUCAGCACUCAAGCCAGGCCAUGCAGUUCCGUGCCAACCGCCCCAGCAAUGUCGGCUCUGCUGACUCCUAUGACCCUAUCUCUGCGGAUAUCUCACGAUGCUCCAGUCAGGCCAGCCAGUGUGGGGGAAUCAGUGGAGGUGCAGAGUCUGGAGGAGGGGGGCAAACUAGUCCCCUUAGUCUGACCCCAGCCCAGCACUACUGUCUCAAGGUGAAAUAUGCCUUUGCCAAUGGGGCAGCACCACCUACACCACUACACCACACACACCAAAUGAAGAGUAAAUCUGCCCUAUUUGCAAAAUCCCAGGAAACUUCCUCCAUUACAAAAGGCCUGCCUUCCAGACAGUACAUCAGCUACACUAUGCAGAGCAUGAUAGCCCUUGAAGUCCCAUGUAGCAUACCUUGCAGAGCCAAUGAUCCUGUCAGACAGGUAGUCACAGAUUCACUUAGUCAGCCACAGCUGCAACGCUAUAACAGCAUGGGCACAUUUGGUGGAGUGGUAACCAUGCGGCCCAAUCUGCCCCUUGCACCAGAUCACCGACGCCUAACUAAGCAUAACUGGCUGAGUUCAGAAGGUCUCUACUUCUACUCAAAUGGACUACAACCACCCAGUAUUUCAGAGAAUGUUUCUUUGGACUCAUUGACGCUCAAGAUCUCUGAGGAUGACCUGAACCUUACUGACCUCAACACUGAGGACAGAAAUGCGUCUAAUCAACAAGAUUUGCAAGAAAAUUUCCAUCAGCAUUUAAACUAUCAAAUAAUAAUAAUGGCUAUUUUGAAUAACAACAUAAAACAGAUAAAUCCAAGGCAGCAGCAUCUGUUGAUUCCAUCUUCACUAAGUGAUUAUAAGGCUGACGCACAGACCAAUCAGUGUAACAGAGUCUCUUUUGGACUCAUGGAUCCUACCCAAUACUAUUCCAGGCGACAGGUUCAAGGGUCUGUCCUCCAGCAAAAGCAGAGCUUUAGACAGAACAACUACAAUCAGCAAAUGACUAGCUCAACACAGAGUUUGAAACAGCAAAAUGGUGAACCUGGACCAAACUGAUUCCAUUUGUUGUCAAAUCUUAAUGAACCAAUUACCGCUCAGUGCAGGUUUGAUCAAAGUACCUCCACUAUUGGUACUACUACUACAUCAUUAUAUGGAAGUCAAGUGCGCCCCAGCUGCAAACAGGAGACAGUUUGCAUGGACAGUGCUGACAUGUCCUUUGCUGAUGCUAAAUUACAGCAUGUGUGGAUUAAAAUUGAGAAUUGUGAAAAAUCAGUCAUGAUUACUCCUCAGCCUCUCGUAAUAUGCCAGUUCAACAUCAGAGUCAUCUCCUACCAAGACUACAAACACCACCUAAGUCUAUAAUUAGACACUUUUCAGAACCGAAGGGGAUCCUACAAGCAAAGCAUAUACAGUAAGCAAUGC